GCUCUUUCUCUCAUCCAGACAAUAAAUAAAUAUAAAUAAAUAAUAAUAAUAAAACCAAUAAAAAUAAAAAUAAAACAAAGAGGGAGAGCGAAAGUGCGCCUGCUAUCGUGCGCUAACUACCCCAUACUUCUAUUACUUUCCGGCGAACUAAUAACAUUUAAUAAUAAUAAUACAGUAAAUAACAACAACAAUAAUAAAAAGAGAAUAUUCCGGUAAUCGGAUCUGAAAAGAUGGCGGCGACGACGGCAGGACUAGCAGAAGAACAAUAUAGAAAAGCGAAAAUAUCGGUAUGGUGGGACAUAGAAAACUGUCAAGUACCAAAAGGAUGCGAACCGCAUUCGAUAGCGCAGAAUAUAAGUUCAGCAUUAGCCAAUAUGAAUUAUUGUGGCCCUGUUUCUAUCUCUGCUUAUGGUGAUACUACUCGUAUUACUGCUUCUGUUCAACAAGGCCUUAAUAGCACUGGCAUCGCCCUUAAUCACGUCCCCGCUGGUGUCAAAGAUGCAAGUGACAAGAAAAUUCUGGUUGACAUGUUAUUUUGGGCUGUUGAUAACCCAGCCCCAGGAAAUUAUCUAUUAAUUUCUGGUGAUCGAGACUUUUCCAAUGCACUGCAUCAAUUGAGGAUGAGGAAAUAUAAUAUUCUUCUAGCACAGCCUCAUAAAGCAUCUGUGUCCCUUCUUGCAGCUGCCAAGAGUGUAUGGUUAUGGACUAGUCUUUUGGCUGGAGGACCUCCGCAAACAAAUGGUGAAUCAUCUCAAACUGUUGAUAAUACUUACAGUCAUACAUUCAGUUCUAGUUCAGCACAUAUUCCAGUUUCUGAGCCGGUUCAGAUAUUAGAUAACGGGUAUGGGAAUGGGAAUCCCCAUCCAGGAUUGCAGACAGUCUCUAGUAUGGGAAGGGCUACUGAGACUAAAACAAAGUUGAGGCCGUUAAAGAAGAACUUCAGUCAACCCGCUAUAUCAAGAACUGUAAGUCCACCUGUUGGGAAUUUGGAAAAUCCAACUAGUUCAAAUGCGCAUCAACAAGGAUAUGAUCAUUCUUACCCUCGUAAUACUAAUGUAUUUUCAAGCGGAUCAAACUCUAAUCAUACUCCUGUCCCCCCUGAUUAUUUACGAAACAAUGGAAAUAGUGUCAAUAACUACCAAGGUCAUUAUCCACAGUCAGUAAAGCCUGGUAAUCCACCCGGACCUCCUUCAUUGGCGCCAAUAAACUUUUUUCCUAAUCCCCCUAUUCGUCCUCAUUAUGUUCCUGCCCGGCCUGAUUUUGUUCCUGAUGUUGGUAAGCUUAACAUUUCUGAUAGCUCGGGAAAAACUAAACCACACAGUGGAGGACAGCUGAAACAAAAUUCGACCGAUCCUCCAAAUCAUGCAUACAAAAAUAAUCCACAAAAAGGUAUGUCAAACAAGUCUCAAUUUCAAAAGGAUACAACAAACAAAUAUCCGGUUACUAAUUCAGAUUUUCAAUCAUCAUCUUCUUCACCUUUAGACACCACGAAUGGUUGUGGUGUAUGGGGGACACCAGGAUGUCCAAAACCCUCAGAAUAUGUGCAAGGCCUUAUAGGAGUGAUUUUACUUGCCUUGAGCACACUGAAAAAUGAAAAGAUAAUGCCUACUGAACCAAACAUAACUCAUUGCAUCCGUUAUGGGAAUAAUCCCAAGCAACGCAAUAUUGAUGUUAAAAAGGCCUUAGAGAGUGCCGUCAAGCAGCAGCUUGUAGUGAAACAGAAUCUUGGUUCGAUACCAUUUUUUGUUGGUAAGAAUGAAAAAUUAUGGAAGUGCGUCAAUCCUAUAGGUAAUAACACUAAAGAUCACCCAAAAGCAACAUGGGAUGCGCUUCAAAGUUAUUUGUCAACUCCGGCUGGGCGUUCUGCAAUAACUGGUUCUCAUAACAGAUAUGAGGCAGCGACAAUUAUAAAGAAUAAAUGCUUAAAAGAUACUGCUUUGGGUGACAUACUUCAGAUUUUGCACUUGGCAGUCAGUGGAAAGAGAUGGAUAACGGUUCAUCAAUCAGGAUGGCAGCCCAUUACUAUAACUCUUCCGGAGACCAACCAGGAAUCCGAAUAGUAACCGUCAACUUAAAAUUAAGUAGUGUGAAGUAGGUUAAAUCUUUCUCUCUCUUUUUUUAUGGUUUAGGUUAGGAUGUCACUUAGCUUGGUCAUGGUCAGAGGCAUCGGUAACUAGUCAGAGGCAUAGGUAACUAAUGAAGAUAAGUAAAUUGGUGUUAUGGAAGAUCUACUGCACUAGAUGCAAUGGCAAUGGCCAUUAGUCUUUGUUUUCUUACAUUCUAUUUGGUGACUUGUCAGUAAUUCUGGAAGUAUGGUUUGACUAGAUCCUGGUCAAACUUGAUAUAACAGAAUUUGUUUAGGUUGUUGAUAGUUUUUUUUAGGCGUAUUGUAGGAGGUUUUCUCAUCUACAAUUUUUUUAGAACAUCCACAUACUUGGACAGCUAGAUAUCAAUAGCAACCUGUAAAAUCUAUCGACGCACAGAGCUGUCCUAUAAUCUUAGAAUGGAUCAACAUGGUUUACCUCUAUGUUGACCAAAGACUGCUUGUCUUUUGCAUCAUUGCAAUUUCAUCUGUGGUACAUCAAGAUGGGUUUAGAUGAGAUCUCUUAUGUACUUGUAUAGUUAUCGGAUGGAAGAUUGACUUUUUUGCGCACAACUAAGAAAAUUAUGACACGCUGAAGGAAGCAGUCAAAGAGUAUGCUGAUACUUUAUGUUUUGAAAUGGGUGAAGUUUUCAAUUCCAAAAUGAUGACGAUGAUACUGAAUUUUGAAUAUGUUAUGUUCUGACACUGGUGAAGUUUUCAAAGCAAAGAUGAUGAAAUCUUAAAAUUGUUAUGUUCUGAAAAUGAAGUUGUAAGGGAAAAAUGAUCAGUGAUGAGUAUGAUAUAUCAUAUAUCUAAGGGAAGAUAAAGAAGAUUUUAAUUUUCUCGUCUUAAACUGGACAACAAUUAAGGGAAAAUGAUGAUCUGAUUUUAAGUAUGUUAUGUUGCAACAUGUUGAAGUUUGAAGGAGAUGAUUAUCAGAUUUUGAUUGAUUUGUAUUCUAAAACUGGUGAAUAUACAAGGGAAGAUGAUGAUCUGCACAUUACCAUGACAAAUUGUUGAGCAGCAAUUUGGCAUCAAAUGAACACAAUACGAGCAUGUAGCUUUGCAGCUGUUGCUGCAUACUACCCCAGAGCCAUUAAGGUAUGAUCAAAGCUUUAAAAAUGAAUGUAGCUUAAGGUCUGCUAAUGUCUACGUAGGUGGUAGCUACCUUUAAACUCUUGUGUUCUGUUAUUAAGGGAAAUUCUAUCUGUAUAUUUGUUAUUUCUAUCAUGACAUUAAUACUCUAGUUUCUGGAACAAGGUUACUCUGUACUAUAAAUAUUCAUUAUGAACGUGAAGGCAGUAGCCUACCUUUAAAUUCAUGUUUUUUCAUUCAA